AUGUGGCCUGUCCCCCUCAUCAUCGGCAUCUUCCUCGCCCCUGAAUCCCCAUGGUGGCUUGCCCGCAAAGGCCGUCUCGAGGAUGCCAAAAAGGCCCUGCUCCGCCUCACCAGCCUCGAUCGCGAAACCGACUUCGACGCCGACGAGACCGUGGCCAUGAUGGUGCACACGACCGCGCUCGAAGAAAAAAUCACCGCCGGUACCUCGUACCUCGACUGUUUCCGCGGCGUGGACCUGCGCCGCACCGAAAUCGUAUGCAUGGCCUGGGCCAUGCAGAAUCUCAGCGGAAACGCCUUCUCAGGCUACUCGUCCUACUUUCUCCAGCAAGCCGGACUCCCACCCUCGACCUCGCUCGACUUUGCCAUGGGCCAGUACGGCAUCAACAUGGCCGGCGUCUUCGGCGCCUGGUACCUGAUGAAGCUGGGCCUGGGCCGACGCACGCUCUACCUCGGCGGUCUCUGCGGUCUCUGCGCCAUGCUCUUCGUCAUGGGCUUCCUCGGCCUCGUGCCCGAAGCCCAGCGGGACAAGGGCGCCAUGGCCACGGGCGCCAUCAUGAUUGUCUGGGCUAUGUUCUACCAACUCACCGUCGGCACCGUCUGCUACUCGCUCGUCGCCGAACUGUCGUCGCGCCGACUAGCCAUCAAGACGAUUGUACUCGGCCGCAACCUCUACAACAUCAUCGGCAUCAUCACCUCCGUCCUCACCCCCUACAUGCUCAACCCCGGCGCCUGGAACUGGGGCAACUACGCCGGCCUCUUUUGGGCCGGCUCCUGCUUCCUCAGUAUCGUGUAUAGCUACUUUCGGCUGCCGGAGCCAAAGGGCCGUACGUUUGCAGAGUUGGAUCUCUUGUUUGAGAAGAGGGUUAGUGCGCGCAAGUUUGCAAAGGCAGAGGUCGAUGUGUUUGAGCAUGACACGCUUGAGGGGACAAAGGUUAUGGAGCGCUAUGAGGAGAAGGUCGAGGUUCGGCGGACUGAGUCGGUUGUUGAGUCUUAG